AUGAGGGUAACCACAGCGGCGACCAGCUGGUUGACAUUAGGAUUUGUGACUCUUGUUGCGAUACCAACACAAGUGGUUGCAUUACCGUCGUUAGAUCUCACGACCGCAACAACAUAUAUCAGCCAACUUCGAUUGUUCGCGCAGGAUUCGCUUACAUCUGUGUACACGAACUAUGAAGACGACGCCACGACGCUUCCCGCAGACCUCCUGGAGCGUAUCAUCAAUUUUGGCGGGCAAGCACAGCGUUAUGCAGAGCGGCUAAUUGAGUCGACUAUCACAGAAAACGCAGCGCCGGUUGCCAGCCAGGUCCGCCGCGUCCGCAAUGUGCUACACGAUGCCAUUAGUGCCGCGCAUGCUCUAGAGCUCGACCUUCGCGACACGGCCACUGGGCUUCUGGCGUCUUCGAAUAGUCAUUCUCCUGUGUCCGACGAAGCGGUCGUAGACAAAGUGCACACGGAAGGCCUACAGGACCUCAAAAACGGUCUCGAACGGGAGCUCAUGAAGCUCUUCGACGAACUCAAGGCUGAGUUCCCACCACCAGAUCACGCCCCGAGCCACGAGGAGCGCGCAGGCAAUAUUACUGCCGUGUUGAAGCGAGCAGAAGAUGUUAUUGUGCGCUUCAGCGUGGCACGCGGUGUGGACGAGGCUCAUCUCCGCGCACACCUCGACGGCCUACUUCCACACGUGGCGGUCAUUCUGGUCACGACUGGAGACCUCGCGGAGCAACACCCAAUCCUGCUCGAAACCCUCAUAAUCUCUAGCACAUUGCUCAUCGUUCCUGAAUCUUGGUUCCUCCGCCCUGUCCUUGGCCUUUUCGGCUUCGGACCAGCAGGCCCCGUCAAAGGAUCCGCGGCAGCAUGGGCACAGCGUCGCUUCUAUGGAGCAGUGGUAACAAAAGGAAGUUGGUUCGCACACUUGCAAAGGGCGGGUAUGAAGUUCAUAUCAGGACCUGCGAAGAAGACAAUUUUUGGUGCCAUCGGAGCUGGACUAGGGCUUUCCGCAGGGAUAUUGAGAUCCGUUCUGUGCCGGACACCAUUGCCGACACCACGCACAAUAUCCCACGAAUCUGCUGCCAAUGUCGUCGACAUUGCCCUCUGUACGCCCGACCUGCUACUCGUGGGCGAAACAGAUGCCGGGACUUUUCAGGACCUCAUGGAUAAUCCUGAACAGGAGCGCACGAACCAGUUCAGCAAACUCGAGGCUGAGCUGCCCCUGCACGACCAUGCCUUGAGCCACGAGGAACGCGCAGACAAGAUCUCUGGCGCAAGUGGGAGAUGUCUCCACGCGCACCUUGACGAGCUCCUUCGAUCCAUUUGA